AUGAAAAUUACUUUGAUUUUUGUCGUUUUAGCAAUAUGUUCCCAAACAUCGACUAUAUUAUGUAAUGUGACUCCAGGUUUACCUCCCACAGUUUCAACUACAACACGCAAACCCUGGACACAUAAAUUAAAAGAUGGAUUGAAUACGUUUUUCCAAGGUGCAGCAAUAGUGGGAGCUGUACAAAAUGGGAUACAAAACAGUCGAAGUAACAAACAUAAGCAAACACACGUCACACAUAAGCCAUAA